AUGCCAGAAGUAAUUAGACCACUGGGGAUUCUUGAACGAUUCUAUGUAGUUCGUCAAAAUGUUCGUUAUUACCGGAACGUAGCGUUCACCGUAAAAUAUCAAUGGAAUGAUCUUAAAAAAACUUUGAAUAAAUCCUCUUCCGUUAAAGGGGGAGAGGCUAAUAAAAAGGAUACUAAACUAAACUCGAGCAUUGAAAUUCUCCCGACUCCGCGUCAACAAAUAUUAAAGAUCCUAUAUCCAACUCUUUCUGCCCUAAUCCAAAAACUUCCGUCGCUCUCUAUGACAAUCCGAGGCACCAAGACUUCAGGACCCCUGUUCAUUCAACUUGAAGAAAUUGAUUUAUCAAGUCUUGUCACUUUUGUUUCAGUAGCAUCCAUCGAGGACCUUGGGAGGGCCUUGGAAGAACAACACGAUCUUGAAUUUGAUCAGGAAGAUGAGAGUAAACCACUCUGGAGAAUCUUGAUUGGAAUUUGCGACGAAAGUAGGAAUAAAAAUAAAAAACUAACAUUUGAUCUCUCGAUAACGUUUGUUUGGCAUCAUAUACUUGGCGAUGGAAUGAGUUCCAUUGCAAUUCACGGUGCAUUCUUUGAAAUAUUGAAAAAAGUUGUCGACUCAAAUUUAACUGAGCAAUCGCAAAACCUCUUUGACCCACUUAUUAAAGUACCUUCAAAUUCCACAACGCCUCUCAUCUGCCCACCCCUUGAGCAAAGGUUGAACAUUCAGCCUACGCUCUUGCAGAUCUUUAAAGAGGCCAGCAUGGAAUAUUUAGUACCCAGCUUCCUAAAAAAACACGUUUUAGGAAAAUAUUGGGCGGGAGACGUGCAUUCUCAAGACAUCCUAGAUUUUCAUUCAAGACUUUUGAUGUUUUCUUUAACACCGGAGGAAUUUGAAGAUUUGGUUGUCCUGACAAAGAAAAAGGGGACAACGAUUAAUUCGGUGUUGCAUACUGCCAUGAUAUUUUCCGCAAUUCAUAAUUUAUUGAGCGAUAAAAACGAGAGAGAAAAAUCCGAUUGGUCUUUAAGAACUUCAUCACCCAUAUCGCUUCGAUCUUAUGCAUCGCCACAAAUACCACUGUCAGAUAUAGGAAAUUACGUUACAAAAUUCGAAUUUGAUUAUAGAUUUGAUACUCUAUUGGAGCCCAAUCGAACUGAUCCCGAACCAACAUUCUGGAAACUUUGUCAUACUUACAGAUCGAAGCUCAUAUCCAGUAUACCGCAUGCCAUUGGACACGUAGGAAUGUUAAAUUACCUGGCGAAGGACAACGACGCAUGGGAAACCUUCUUCCGUAAUCAGAUGGAGUCAUUAAACAUGGGAAGAAGUUCUUCCUUAGCAUUGUCAAAUUUGGGAAAGUUUCCAAUGGACCUCGUCCCUUCUUCCUUAAUUCAAACUGAAGAAAACCUCGAAUCACGCGAGAUUUCUAAAAAUCCUGUCGUCGAUAACGGUAAUAACAGUGGUUUGAAGAUAGUAGACAUGUUGUUUAGUCAAUCUCCAUACAAAGUUGGACCUGCAAUUUGUAUACAUAGUGUGUGCUAUAAUAAGAAAUUGAAUUUAAGCGUGGUUUAUCAAAAAGGAGUAAUAGCAGACGACAAGAAAGUUGAGAGAUUUGGAGAAGGAAUUUUAAAGUGUUUAAGGACUGUAUCCAGGAAAGGUGACAUUGAAAUUGGUGAAAGAUUAUAA